GGGGGGGGGGAGGGGGAAGGAAAGCGGGAGGCGGUGACGGCGAGGUGAUGGCGACGUUCUUCGGGGAGGUUGUGAUCGCUCCUUCCCGGGCCGGCGUGGACGAUGAGGAGGAGACCGAGGAGACGGUCGAGGAUCGGGAGAUCCGCAGGGAGCUGCAGGAGAAAAGGGAGAUCGCCGCGUUCUGGACGCCGGGAGCCGCGGGGAGCCCUGCCGAGGAACCCCUGCCGUGCUCCAGGUUCGUCGUCGCCGUAGGACACAACGCUGUCGCUUUUCUGUCUUCUUUUAUUCUGGAUUCCUUAUGUUGGAAAGUAAUUGGAGCUGUGAAACUGUGGAAUGAGUGGUGCCAAACAACCGAUGCAACAAGUGUCCUCCCAACAGAUUCUUUCUGCUUGUUCUAUCAAUUAAUAUCAGAUCCAACAGUUUUGUUGUGCCAAUGUAGUUGCUAUGUUGCUGAAGAUCAGCAGUUCCAGUGGCUUGAAAAGGUUUUUGGCCACAUAAGAAAGGAAGGUUUACAAGUAACCAUUCUUUCAACAUGUCCUGUAGCUGAGUAUAAAACUCAGGAAUCCACUUUGACACUUCCGUCUCCAUUUCUGAAAGCCUUAAAGACAAAAGAAUUCAAAGAGGAGGUCUGCUGUCCACUGCUGGAGCAACCAAACAUUGUGCGAGAUCUUCCUGCUGCUGUUCUGAGUUACUGUCAAGUAUGGCAGAUUCCUGCAGUAUUGUACCAGUGCUACACUGAUAUCAUCAAACUGGACACGGUUACAAUUGAGGCAUUCAAACCUCUGCUUUCUUCUAAGUCCCUGAAGAAUUUAGUCAAGGAUGUAUCUGAAAGCACAAAGAUUUUGAAGAAGUUGCUGACAACUGGUGAAACUCACAAUAAUAUCUAUAUCUAAAGAGGAUACUUGCAACACGGAUGACACUUGAUUUAAACUCCAGUUUCUUCCAGAGAGGGCACUUUGAAAUUGUGGAAUUGUUCAAAAGUGGAAUAAAUUCUACUUGAUUUUUACUUUUGAAUUCAUUUUGGUUGCUUUCUAGUUCAUCACAAUAAACACACAUUUUUUUCUGUAGGGAUGGAAGACUUUCUCCAGGAGCAGCUUUGUGAGGAAAGAUAUCUUAGAUAUGAAAAGCAAUUUCUUCUCUUCUUCUUGAAGGAAUUGUCAUAUCUAAAUUGACUCCUCAUAUAUACAAAAAAGUAAAUGUGGUCAAUGUAUUCUUGUCUAUUUUCUACUUCAGUUUAUAUUACCUAACCUAAAGAUUUCUGAGGUAUCUUUCUGUGUAUAUAUAUGUAUGUACAUGUGUAUAUACAUAUUUUUUAAUAGUGAUACCUUUUAAGGAAUUGCUUGUGGAAAAUAAGCUUGCUUUACAAAGAGGCAGGAACACAGGUCUUGUUUGAGCUCAUAGGAGAGCUGUGAAUUGGAUUCACUGAGUAAAGGAUCACAGCAGUUCAGAAUGGCACUGCCUGCAGAUCAGGCAGGAAGAGGUACGUGCCCACAUUCAGUUCCCAUUUGCAGUACCUCAUCAAGUGUUUCUUUGCAGCUUCAGUCAUGGAGUUAUUGAAGUGCAGGAGCUGGCUUUCUAUCAGAUUUUGGACAGAGGCAGGAACCAUUAUGGCAGUAGGCUUGCAAGGUGCUUCAGCGGGAUUUGUCAGGACAAACCUCAACACUUCUAUUACACAGUCUUUUAUGCUGAAUGCACAGUUUUUGGAGGAAAGUAGGCAUUCAAAUUCUAAAGUACUUGAAAAAAUUCUGAAACUUACUGACAAUUUUGCAGUGUAUUUUAAAUACUCAUUAGAGUUGGCAGUUCUGACUUGAACUAGACUGCAUAUACACGUUUUACUUAAGAAUAUGGAGACUAAGAACGUAUGCCUUGCUGGUGUUGUUGGUGAACAGAGAUCUUUAAAUUGCACACAGCUUAUCCUUUGGUGCAAAAAAGAAUAUAGCAGUUUUGGAGUUCUCUGCUUUCUUUGACUUACACUGGAUGUUCAGUGAAACUUUCUGAACAGCAUAUAUUCCUAUUGUGGAUCUGCCAUCCCUUCUGGUUGGAAAAUUGUUGACUGAGUCAGUGUCCACUGAAGCAAGUAAUUCCAGGCUUCAGCAAGCCCACUAUAACUUCUGUUUGAGUUUUUAUUUGAUGUUUUAAACUGCACACUGUAUUGUGGUUGCCUCUGUAGUAGGACAUUCUUGAUGUGGGUUUAAAGUUGACUUACUUAAGACAAUGAUUUCAACUUCAGUUAAUAUAGCUAGAGUUAAGCAAGUAACUGUCACUUGAAAGGGUACUCUAUUUUCGAAUAGACUUGUCAAGUGCAGGAUACAGUUCCUCCUAUUUAUGGUUUGUUUUUGUUUUUUUUUUACUUCUGUGUAGCAUUUUAAUUAAAACCCGUUUGUACAACUGA